AUGCGCACUGGAGACUGGAGACGGAGCAAGGGCACCCGAGCCGCCCGCCUCACUCACAGACAGAGAGGCUUCGAGCGCACUCCUCACGUCUCCGCUCUGUCUUGCGGCUCCAGUGAAGCUCCAGUGAAGCUCCACGCAGCGGGUUUCUCUGUGGUUUGUUCAGUGGAGACUGGAGACUGGCGGAUGGUCCACACUCUCUGUGCUCGCCCAGCUGCCAGGACCAAACGAUCGGGGCUCGUCCGGCGACUCUGGAGGAGCCGCGCGCCCGUGGAGGGCGACGGGGAGGCGGACAGAGGGACGCAUGGCCCCGGGGGCUGCUGCAUGGGCAAAGCGACAAAGGCUAAGUCCAACGGCGCCGCUGAGGCCGAACUAAAGGCGUUGACCCACUCCAUACUAAAAAAGAUCAAAGAGAAACAAUUAGAGGUGCUGCUGCAGGCCGUGGAGUCCAAGGGGGGCGCACGGAGCCCCUGUCUGCUCAUGCCCAGCAAAGUGGACGCCAAAGUGGGUCAACAGUCUUACUCUCUCCCCAUGCUGCUCUACAAAGUGUUCAGGUGGCCGGAUCUCAGGCAUUCCUCGGAGCUCAAGAGGCUGUCGUGCUGUGAAUCCUACGGGAAAGUCAACCCGGAGCUGGUCUGCUGCAACCCGCACCACAUGAGCAGGCUCUGUGAACUCGAGUCUCCUCCUCCUCCUUACUCUCGCUAUCCCAUGGAUUAUCUUAAACCACCAGAUUCUCCAGACUCUGGACCUUCAUCCAGUGACACUGGGGGAACCACAUAUUCAGCCCCUGUGGGGCUUUCAGAUUCCUUGGUAAUGCAGGAGUCUGGCGAUCGGGCCCAUUGGUGCGUGGUGGCGUACUGGGAGGAGAAAACGCGCGUGGGUCGCCUCUACUCGGUCCAGGAACCGUCUCUGGACAUCUUCUACGAUCUACCUCAGGGGAACGGCUUCUGCUUGGGCCAGCUCUGCUCGGACAACAAGUCGCAGCUGGUGCAGAUGGUGCGCGCCAAGAUCGGCUACGGCAUCCAGCUAACGCGCGAGGCGGACGGCGUGUGGGUCUACAACCGCAGCUGCUACCCCAUCUUCAUCAAGUCGGCCACACUGGACAACCCGGACUCGCGCACGCUGCUAGUGCACAAGGUGUUCCCCGGUUUCUCGAUCAAGGCGUUCGACUACGACAAGGCGGGGAGCUUGCGGAGACCCAACGACCACGAAUUCACGCAACAACCGCGGACUGGGUUCACGGUGCAGAUAAGCUUCGUGAAAGGCUGGGGACAGUGCUACACUCGGCAGUUCAUCAGCAGCUGCCCCUGUUGGCUGGAGGUCAUCUUCAACACGCGAUAG